CUGGCCAAAGAGGGGGGGAUCCAGAUGGCCUGAGACUCGAGCGAGCACGACUGGUGAUGCUUACAGCAGCCAUCAAAUGCAUGCAAUGCAUCAAUAUCAGUCAUCCUUUGAGUUUGGACCAUGUGAUAUUGCCAUCUCAAACGUUGAGAUUGGAAGCGAUUGAUCAUUAACAUGCAGCUUCGGAGGCCGAAGCGAUCCGUCACUCCGGGGUGUAUAACAUGCCAGAUGCCUCACCUCUGCCGUAGCUCACCCAUUCCAAGUUCAACGCCUCCCACGUUGCUAAAGACAACAACAUGCCUGCGUCCCCAAGAACCAUCUCCGUCUUCGGCGCCACAGGCCUACAAGGCGGCUCCGUGGUCCGCUCUUUGUUGAGAGACAAAAUCUCAAGCUUCAAAGUCCGAGCCAUCACAAGAGACACGUCCUCCGAAAAGGCUCAGACGCUACACAGGCUCGGCGCCGAACUAGUUCAGGCCGAUGGCUGGAACCAGGGGGAAGUCCGGGACGCUGUCUCUGGCUCGUGGGCGGCCUUUGUGAAUACCAAUUCCGAUGAUCCGAUCUUCCUGAACCCGGAAGGCCCGACAGAAUUCGAACUGGGCAAGUCCAUUAUCGACGGGAUUUGCAGCGCAAGGGUGAAGAAUGUUAUCCUCAGUACAAUGAAGCCUGCUGGGGAGGCGACCGGGGGCAAACUGGCAAUCAGGACGAUGGAUAUGAAAGCACGCAUUGAAUGCUAUGCGAAACAGACCGGCAACUUCGACACAAUCUGCUCCGUCCACGCAGGCUGGUACUACGAGUUUUUUCUCUCUGAAACAAUGGCGCACCUCCACAGCGGAUUUCCUUACCAUCCGGACCGCGAGGGCUACUUGAGCCUACAUUUGCCGCGAUGGGGAGACGAAAAGGACGAGGGGGUGCCGUUCUUAGCUACUGCCGAUGACUUUGGAGAUAUCGUUCAUGGGAUGCUGCUCGAUAUAGAGGCGAGCAAUGGGAAGCACAUUCAGGGUGUGAGUGAGAUUUUCACUCUGCCGGAAUUCGUGGACAUUUAUGCUCGAGUCACGGGGGAAAAAGCUCGAUAUGUCCCACUGCCUUCAUGGGAGCGGUUGGGCGAGGGAAUUCCGGAGAUGGAAGACGCCCGGUUACUCUUUGCGUAUGGCGAGCUGACUGGCGGCCGUUAUUUUGGAAAUGAGCCCUCGUCCACCGCAGAAGCAGCUUCAUUGAAGAGGCUGGCAGCGAGUGCUCAGGGGAAAGAUGGCGGUGAUUUGCAGUUGACUACGCUUGCUUCUUUCUUUGAGAGACAUUUCAAGAAUAACGAGGAGGCGUGAGAGUUCUGGCAAUGGAUAUGGCAUUUAGUGGCAAGCCCAUAGUAGCAGCCCUAGCACUUC